AGGAGGUGGGAGGCAUGGGGUGAAUGAGGGGGGAGUGUUAGGACUGUGUGCCAUCCGGAGGCAGAAGAGGAACCUCUUGUCUGUGUGUGUUCAUGUCUCCGCUCUGUUGCCGACUGCUUUCCGACAAACACCGUGAGCAUCCCGCCUGCUGCUCUACAUCUGGAAUUAAGUCAGCUGGAUUACCGCUCGGACUCUGCGCUUGCUGCUCCACUCUGCCACGUUUAAAUGGGAGGCAAAGUUGGAUCUGUUUGGACAGCACGAUGGGGGACAAACAAUCAGAUUUUUCCUGCUCUUUUAAGAGUUUCCUAGCGUUCAAGAUUAUCUCACUUUUUUUCGGUAAAACUGUUUUUAUAUGUAAUUUAGUUUAAUCCUCUUCUCUUUGCUAUUGUGUAUUGAAAGUAGGUUAAUUAGUUUGGAAUAUUUAGAACUUGAGGCACAUUUUGAUGUGAAACAAUGAGUGGGGAAGCAGGUUAGGGGCAUGUCUCCUCUCCCUCUUUUUUUAAAGUUUUUUGUUUUGUGAUUUUAAACAGAAAAUGUGACACUUGAUCCACGUGUCUGCUACAAAGAGGUUUUUUAUUGUUUUUGGCCAGAGUUGAGACUUUACAGUGGACUACAUCUGAUAUUACAUCUCUCCCACAUCUCCCCCUCUCAAAGGGAAGCAUCUUCCCUUUUAACCCACUUAGUAGCCGGAUUUCCCCUGGGGGGAGUUCUUUAAAACAUCUGUCCUACUCCAGUUUUUUCUUAAGAGGAGCAGAAAACCAGCUAGGAAAGGGGGGUACAGAGAAGUAACAUACCCCCCUCCCAAACGUGUGAGGGGGGGAGAAGAUGGCAGCUCUCGCCAGCUCUCUCAUCAGACAGAAACGGGCGGUCAAGGACGACCAAGCCAACCGACCAGUUGCCAACAAGCGCAGGCCCUGUCCCAAGAGCAACAAGUCCCUGUGCCAGAAACAGAUUCUGGUUCUGAUUUCUAAAGUUCGGCUGUGUGGGGGUCGGAAAGCUCGAAACGAGAAAAGACCGGAGCCGCAGCUGAAAGGCAUCGUCACCCGGCUGUACAGCCAACACGGAUUCUACCUGCAGAUGCAGCCCGAUGGCAUUUUGGGAAGCACGAAAGAAGAAAGCAACGCAUUUACACAGUUCAACUUAAUUCCGGUGGGACUGCGGAUUGUGGCCAUUCAAGGGACAAAAACAGGGCUGUACCUCGCUAUGAACAGUGAGGGAUACCUCUAUACCUCGGAGCACUUCACUCCUGAGUGUAAAUUCAAAGAGAGUGUGUUUGAGAACUACUAUGUUACGUACUCGUCCAUGCUGUACCGUCAGACCCAGUCUGGACGCUCCUGGUACAUCGGUAUCAACCGCGAUGGUCAGAUCAUGAAGAGCAACCGAGUGAAGAAGACCAAGCCAGCUGCCCAUUUUCUGCCUAAAGUUAUAGAAGUUGCGAUGUAUAAGGAGCCUUCGCUACACGAACUGGCCAGCGAGCCGGUGAGCCCUCCUCGGAAGACAGCGAAGACUUCGGAUUCUCCAACCAAGAAUGGACGGAGAGAAUCUCCCAAGGCUGAUGCCUCCUAGCACAGGAGUCUGAGGGUGGGACGGAGGGCAGAAAUGACACUAGGAAACUCAGUUGCCCAUAAUGCACCAAGGGUGGCUGCAGGAACAGCUUUCACUCACCACCACGUUACGGAAGUGCAUUAGGAGAUGGUGAGGGUUAAAGAGCCAGCAGACCAUCAGCCGCCCAGAAGGCCGAGAGAGGAGUCCCCCUCCCCCGCAUUCCUCACCUGAAAACACAGAACAAAAGCCCAGGGAACCCCCUCCCUCCCUAAACCUGCUUCCUAUUUGUUAGUCUUUCUCCUCGCCCCUCCUGUAACCCAUAAUAUACAGGUCUCCUCGAUUUCCUGCCAAGCUCAAGCUUCGUUGUCUUCUCUCAUUCCUAUCCAGUGUUUGCUCUACUUUACUCAUCACAUAUUCAUGCAACGCUCCUGACUCAGCAUCAUAAUCCUCACCCACAGGUUCCUCCUGGGCUCGGAGGUGGUGACAGCGUGGCUCAGCCCGCCCUCCACCCACCAUCUUCUCUACAGCUAAACAAAUCAGCAGGGUCAACAGAAACUCAACGCUAUGAAACCGCUCAGAUCAGAAAGUCUUAGUCGGGUUCCACCAGCGGUAGGCCGUCCGUGAGAAGAAGCAGAACAAUAAAACACAUUUUAAUGAGAAAACAGCCAUUAAACUGAUUUAGUAAAUCUAAAAUAAAACUCAAAAAUAAGAGUUUAUAUCCAAUAUGAUCUCUAAAAUGUGCAGUUGCUGCAUAAACUCUAAGCUGCAACAUUGUGUUAAGUCCAAUGCUGAUUUAAGUUUAGACAUCUAAAAAGACCAGUCAGCACUGGUGUUUGAAGCCCAACAUGAAAGCCUUCGAGCUGCAGCACUUGUUAUUCCGAGCAUGUCAGGCAGCUUAUCCACUCCAUUGCUAUAUCUAAUCACCUUGGAAGAAUUGCCCUCAAAAACGGACUUGUCUGAGUGAAUGUCUUGUGUGUGUUUCUGCUUUAACACCGAUGAGAGAAUGCGUGUGAAUGAACUGAGUGUGUGUGUGUGUGUGUGUGUGUGUGUGUGUGUGUGUGUGUGUGUGUGUGUGUGUGUGUGUGUGUGUGUGUGUGUGUGUGUGUGCAUGCGUGCAUGUGUGCGUGUGUGCGUGUGUGUGUGUUUGCACAGGGGGGUGGGGGGAGGUAAUCUCUUCUGUGUCCUUCACUCCGAGCACAGCAUUAUGUCUUUGAUAUGUCUGUGAGUAAGUGAUGCUUCAUCCAUCUCGUCAGCCAUUUCCUCUGACUUUUAGCCCCCAUGUACAGUUUAAAAUAGCAUGGGAGAGGAUUUCUGGGCCACUUCCUGCUUGAAGGUAUUCCGUUAAAUUGAUGAUUCCUUUGUGCAGUCAGUCAAUGAUUGUUUUGCAUGCAUGAAACCCGGAGGAAGCCGAGUCUAUAAAACAGAACUUGUCAGUGUGCGUCAGCUCUGGUUGCUGACAGAAAAGAUGUGUCACCGCUAUGUUUCCUCAAAGUGCACGGAUACCACCAACACACACUGACAGCGGUACGUGCUUCUUUUGGGAGAAGGAAGCCCGGGGAGAUGUUGCCCGAUAGAAAUGGUAACGGAAUGUGACCGAGGGUUAUGAAAAGUGAAAAAGAGGCUCUUUGAAUGCGUUGCGUUGAGGGUGGAAAGCAAGUCUGACACGUGGAGUGACACUGUAAAAGAGGUCAUCACACGGAGGUGGUUAUUUGAGAAGUGAGAGGGAUUAGCAGGUGUAUUCUUGAAGGAAUGCCGAUGAGGAAUUCAUGCAGCUGAAAUAAGAAGAAGAGGUUUGGCAGCGUUGCAUGCGGCACGUUGAAAUGAUAAUGAAUGUGAGACAAAGAGUGAGCCGCUAUUUAUGACAAGGGGCCUUUGGAGGAAAUUAGUCGAAGGGCUUUUUUUUUCUUCAUUUUCUGGGUUUUUCUGAAGGGAACAUGAUAUUUGGACUCUUAAUCCUGCAUAGGAGCUACAGAAAUGUUGUGUCCCUGUUCUGUGAGGAUUUUGAUUUUUACUGUAUGUUAUCAAAGCCUCCAGACAUCAGGUAGCUGAAGCCACCUACAAGCCCCUUAGUUCUGAUCUGAAUAAGAACACCUCGUGACUUAUAGAGUAGAUUUAUUUAUUUAAUUAUUCAUUUAUUUAUUUAUUUAUUUAUUUAUUUAUUUACUUACUUAUUAUUUCAAAAGUUAAAACAAUAAUUGAAACAAUAGACUAUACACAUCAACACAAAAUAUUUGAAGGCAUUGGUUCUAAGUAAAAUAACAUGGCAGCCUCUGUAAGCUGGUUAUAGUGGUUAUUCUAUAUACUAUGUGGCUGGUUGCUUCUCAUAAAAAAACUAACCAUAGUGGGUUGUUUAGGUGAAAGUAUUUCCUAUUUUUUUAUUUUCACAUUUUCACAUGAUCAAAUGAAACUUCAGAAACUUCCCAAUCCCUCUACUGGGUUUCGUAGCCCAGUGAAAGUGAAGAACGCUGCAAUAUGGUCCAGUUGGUCACAUUGUAAGUAGAGGAGAGAGAAAGUUGUCUGAAAUUAGCAGGAAGCAAACAAAGAAUGCAACAGGAAUGUAUGCUGCUGCUUCAUGAGAUGAAGGAAAAUCUGCUGAAGAAUAAAGUAGAUCUUUGUUAUUGUAGUUAGAAGGAAUGAGAAAGUGUUUUUGUUGGAGGUCGUCGUGGAAACGAGGUUUUAUGAGGAUAACGGUGUUGUUACAAAGACAAGACCACUAUAGGUUGGUGCACACACAUUAGGAGCUUUAACGUCUUCAUCCCUCUGCUAAACAGACCUCCUGAACCACUCAGUCCACAGUCCAUUAAGUUUCUCUUCAACAUGAUGGUGCCUGUGUGGGAGUAUUGUGUCUUUUUAAAGCCUUUGUGUGAAUGUGUGAUUAUGUUAGUAACAGAAAAAAAGGGCAUAAGACUGAAAUAAUAAUCAAUAGGACCAAAUAGAAUAUGAGCAGCCACCACAUAAAGGAGACAAAAUGUCAAGAAAAGAGCAAAGUGGACCAAAAACGUUCAAGCUGACAUCAAAAAUCCCCUCCUUCAGUCUGCAAACUUAAAAAGUUUGUAGAAAUAAUCAAAGUCAGUGACUCAGCAAAAAAAAAAAAAAAAAAGAA